GUUGUCUUUUGGGGACACACUAUGUUUUCCUCAUUAUCAAACUUCCAGGUGUCAUCUUCUGAUCAACCUCCACUUUUUACUAACUCUUCUAUUGAGCUAUUUCCUAAUGACUCUGAUGCAGAUACAUUUGAUGAGCUCCAUGAUGCCUCUCCACAUGCUCCACGUAGUUUUAUAGAAGAUGCUCUGUCUGUUGGUAAGGCAUUAGACAAUGGUGAGUCUUCUUCCCUUCCCUCUUCUAUAUCACAUAUUGGAUCUGACCUUGUUGAGCCUGAAAAUGAGAUCCUUUAUCCACCUUCAAGUCGUCCUACUCGGGAAUAUGGGAUUGAUUAUGAGGAAACCUUUGCACCUGUUGCUCAUCCUACUUCAGUUCGUAGUUUGAUUGCUAUUGUUGCUGCAAAAAGAUGGAAAUUGUUUCAAAUGGACGUGAAAAAUGCCUUCCUAAAUGGUGAUCUUGCAGAGGAAGUUUACAUGCAACCACCUCUUGGACUUGAGCAUCCUCCAAACAAAGUUUAUCAAUUGAAUCCUCAUGAUAUUGUGUUGUUCAUACACAAGACUCAUCAUGGUAUGGUUCUACGACUUCUUUAUGUAGAUGAUAUGAUCAUUAUUGGGGAUGAUAUUUCAAGUAUUCAUGAUCUUAAGCAAUUUCUCAGUCAUAAGUUUGAGAUGAAAGAUCUUGGUGUUUUGAGUCAUUUCUUGGGACUUGAGGUCACUUCUUCUGAUGAUGGUUAUCUUAUCUCUCAAACAAAAUAUGCCUAUGAUCUUAUAUCUAAAGUUAGACUCACUGACAGUAAGACUGCAUCUACUCCUUUUGAGUCAAAUGUUCGACUUACAUCUAUAGAUGGUUCUCCAUUAGUUGAUCCUACUUGCUACAGACAAUUAGUUGGAAGUUUAAUUUAUCUCACUACAACACAACCAGACAUAGCUUAUGCAGUUCAUGUUGUUAACCAGUUUAUAGCUACACCUUGCUCCACUCACUAUGCAGCAAUACUUCGCAUUAUUCACUAUAUUAAAGGUACCAUUUUUCAUGGACUUCACUUUUCUGCUCAUUCAUCUCUUGAACUUCAUGGUUACUCUGAUGCUGAUUAGACUAGAGACUUUGAUGAUUGUAAAUCAACUACUGGUUAUUGUCUUUUUCUUGGUGAUUCCUUAAUCUCUUGGCAUAGCAAGAAACAGACAGUUCCAUC